AUGAAGAAUGUUCCAACGAAGAAUAAAAUCCUUUCACAUUCAAUAAACGCCCUACUUUCUUCAACAACUCCUGACAUAAAUUCUAGUGAACCAUCACUUUCCACUUUUCACCUUUUUGGAGAACCCUUGGCCUGUUUAAUCCUCAAUGGAGAAGAACGUCUCUGCCUUGCACAGAUUUCCACCCGACUACUUCGUGACUUUACCUACAACGAAAUUCACAACCGCCGAGUAGCUCUUGGAAUCACUUGCGUUCAAUGUAGUCCUCCACAAUUGGAUCUUCUUAGACGAGUUGGUGCGAUGCCUCUUAGUUCGCGACGUUGUGGAACUAUAACAAAGAGAGAGGCGCAGCGCCUAGUUGAAUCGUUUCUACAGCACUAUCUUCCUACUGCAAAACCGAGACUGCCUGAAAAUUUUGCCUUUGAAGUGAUACAUCAUUGUGGAUGGGGCUGUACUGGCUUCUUUGUGCCAGCAAGAUACAAUAGCUCUCGAGCCAAGUGCGUCCAGUGUGCAUUUUGUCAUGUAAGACUGAAUAUUUAUCAUAAAAAUUUAUCUGUUCAGUUUAACUUCAGAAACUCGUUUAUUUUCAAUUUGAAGGCAUUUUUCUCCCCCAACAAAUUUAUCUUCCACUGUCAUAGUGCAACAGAGACCGGCGUUCAACCGAAUCUUACUACAUAUCGCCAUCCGGAUGCCGCAAAUUUCAAUGCAUGGAGACGCCAUCUACUUUUAGCCGACCCCAACCCUCCAGACACCCUUCUCUUUGCCUGGGAGGACAUCAAAGCGAUGUUUAAUGGGGGCAAUAGAACAAAGAAGCCGACUCCCCUUACUCUACCUUCGCCUUGUCAACCACCCGGAACUAAUGGUGCUGUUAAGCCCAAAACACCCGAUAUGCCGAUCGAUAUUCUAUCAAUAGGUCCUCCGCCUAAAGCCAUUUUCGCAUCACUUGUGGCUCAACGAAUGGCGCCACUAGGAUGUAAUGGAAGAGAUACGGGAGAGCUGUGGUGGUUGAAUGGGACAUCGCCACAGCCACCUCAGUGGCCACCUUGUUUACCGCAAGGUGGAAGUGUGCUUUCCGUUUGGACUGCGCAGUUGAGAGAGUACAUGGAGAAGAUUACGCAGGGAAUUUUCCUUCCACCAUCAUCUUCACUUUCUCUCCCAUCUGCGCAAACGAAUCCUCAGAUUGAAAUACUUGAGAGUUUACUAUCUUUAGUGAUGAGCGAGCGAACGUUCGAUAGUGCGUCUAAUCGUGAUCGUCGUGGUAAUCGUAGAAGAUCUUUAUUUUCUCGUAUUACCGACACAAUAGCUUCGUUUAUUCCGUCUCUUUUUGAAUCUAGACAGCCUGAGUCUAUGAGACAAUUAGAAGAGGAAGCUGAGCUGGUUCGGCCUGCCAAGCGCCCUCGUACUUCCGAGGCUUCUGUCAGUGUGGAUUCUCCUCCGAUUAACCGAUUGUCAGUCAGUCGUGUUGGUACUGUGAAUUUACCAUCAGUCACUUUGACUCUUCCAAUGAAUGUUGAAGUCGACUUAGAUGCCAAAGAUGACGAGUCGGAUUUAAGUGUGUCUACUAGUGGGGUUUCUUCACUUCUUCCCAGAAGUUCAAGAAACGGCCAGUAUCUAGUCCAACCUUCUCCAGUGGAUUAUAGAACUGAUUAUAUCAGUCCAAGAAAUGACACAUCUGUCAGGAAACGUCAGAAUACGGAAUUGUGGACUGAGUCAGCAUCUAAAAGAAUGCGUGAAGACGACAAUCAGAGUUCAGCCUCUAAGCAGAGUACAUUCACAUCUUCGUUCUAUCACGGCCGUGUUUCAUAUGGUGGUGCCGCCAGUGUUAGGCCAGUGAAUCAGAAAAGAGGCAUAUUCGAUAACGUUACGCCUAUGAAGUUCAUUAUUGAGAAUGAAGAUAACGAAAAGCCCAAACCCCAACCAGCUUUUCUUAGUAACGCUGCUCAGAGUAUUCUAAUGAGCUUGGAGAGACAUGGCUCUUCAAUAGCUUCUAGUGAUCGAAUUCCACUUCCACGAUCUAAUCCAUUUUCUCCAUUUGCGACACCUUUAACAAAAAACACAACUCGAUAUCAACCUUAUCUCUCGACAUAUAAUCGCUACAGACAAUUUAAACGCCAGAAUGCCUCUCAACCAGUUGUUAGCCUUGCCGAAAACGGAUCUGAAACGUUGGAUGUUUCUAAGUCAGACAUUUUUUCUGUCACUCCAAAAAUAUCAACCCUUAAUGCAUCAAAUUCAACGUUCCAGCAUAUUCCAUCAACUUCAUAUGCUAAAUUGCCAAAUCCUCCUCCCGAUUCUCAACCUAUACCUUCGACAUCAUUUGCUCAUUUCUCUCAAUCCAAUAGUUCUCUUGAAAAUGCCAAACUAGGUACGGACAAUCGUAAAUCUACAUCUAUCGGCUUCCAACUUCCUGUUCCUUCAACCUCUUAUGGUUCGACUUCAGUUUCUGAAGAAGAUAAUCACCCUACUCCUUCCAUGUCUUGUUCUACAUCUAAUAGUCAUGUUGAAAGUGUUAAAACUGUUAUCGAUAACCAGAAACUGCCAACUUUUGACUUCUCAGCCAAAACAGCACAAUUUACUCCGUCAACGUCGUAUGCGAAAUUACCUUCUGAGCAUUCUCAAACAGUUAUUUCUACUUCUAAUAGUCAUCUUGAUAGUGUCGGUGCAGAUCAAGACAAUCAGGAAUUUCCAACUGUUGAUGUUUCGUCUAAAACUUCUCAAUAUAACGCAUCAACUUCUCGUAUUAAGCUUCCCGGUGUUUCCAUUCUUAAGUCUGCAAGAAAAACCGACGAGUCUGCUCAGAAGCCUCCUUCAGAGAUUCCUAAUGUUAGAUUUGCUUCAAAACCUCAGUAUAUGGAUAAAUGUACAUCUAAUAAUGGAAAUAGUCCUAUGUUUAUUUUCUCACGUCCGAUUUGUAUAAAGAAACCAGAAGAAAAUUCAAAAGAACUUCAAUCCGAACUUAUUGAAAAGCCAGUAUUUACCUUCAGCAAACCUCAAUACGCAUUUAAGAAAGCUGUGUCUGUCGAACAGUCGACUUUUCUUCCAACUUUGAUUUCACCCAUUAAAAAAAAUUGUAUGACUGCUCCAGCGAAGAAAGUUGUGCUUCCAGUGGAUUUGUGGAGAUGUGAGAGCUGCAUGAUGGAGAACUCGGAUAGAGAUAGUGUUUGCAGAUCCUGUCACAUGCCAAGUUUAGCCCCAAGGAUGAUUGCAAAACAGGACCCCAUCAAUUCAGUCAAAAGUACUUCCUCUUCCAUUUCAGAAUGGGAAUGUCCCACUUGCAUGGUCAAGAACAAAGCCGAAGUCGAGAAGUGCGUGUGUUGUCAGACAGCGAAUCCAAAUGGUUCCAAAGGUGGCCAAAGUGUUCCAACAUUAAAUUUUGGCUCGACAUCUUCUACGAGCUCGUCAAGUGCAAUUCCUCCACAGUGGGAAUGUCCCACUUGCAUGGUCAAGAAUAAAUCCGAAGUCGAGAAAUGUGUAUGUUGUCAGACGGUGAAUCCAAAUGUUUCCAAAGAUGGCCAAAGUGUUCCAACAUUAAAUUUUGGCUCGACACCUUCUACGAGCUCAUCAAGUGGAAGUCAAACUGUUCCAACAUCCAAUUUCGGCUUGGUGCCUUCUACGAGCUCAUCAAGUGCAAAUCCUCCACAGUGGGAAUGUCCCACUUGCAUGGUUAAGAAUAAAGCCGAAGUCGAGAAGUGCGUAUGUUGUCAGACGGUGAAUCCAAAUGGUUCCAAAAGUGGUCAAAGUGUUCCAACAUUUAAUUUUGGCUCGGCUUCUUCGACUAGCUCAUCAAGUGGAAGUCAAACUGUUCCAACAUUCACUUUCGGUUCAGCUCCUUCGACUAGCAUGUCAAGUGGAAGUCAAAGUGUUCCAGCAUUCAAUUUUGGCUCGGCUCCUUCGACUAGCUCAUCAAGUGCUAAUCCUCCACAGUGGGAAUGUCCCACUUGUAUGGUCAAGAAUAAAGCCGAAGUCGAGAAAUGUGUGUGUUGUCAGACGGUGAAUCCAAAUGGUUCCAAAGAUGUCCAAAGUGUUCCAACAUUCACUUUCGGUUCAGCUCCUUCGACUAGCUCAUCAAGUGGAAGUCAAAGUGUUUCAACAUUCAAUUUUGGCUCGACACCUUCUACGAGCUCAUCAAGUGCAAAUCCUCCGCAAUGGGAAUGCCCCACUUGCAUGGUCAAGAAUAAAGCCGAAGUCGAGAAAUGUGUGUGUUGUCAGACGGUGAAUCCAAAUGGUUCCAAAGAUGUCCAAAGUGUUCCAACAUUCACUUUCGGUUCAGCUCCUUCGACUAGCUCAUCAAGUGGAAGCCAAAGUGUUCCAACAUUCAAUUUUGGCUCUGCUCCUUCGACUAGCUCAUCAAGUGCUAAUUCUCCACAGUGGGAAUGUCCCACUUGUAUGGUCAAGAAUAAAGCCGAAGUCGAGAAAUGUGUGUGUUGUCAGACGGUGAAUCCAAAUGGUUCCAAAGGUGUUCAAAGUGUUCCAUCAUUCAAUUUCUUUCCGGCUCCCUCUACUAGCUCGUCAAGUGCAAGUCAAAAUGUUCAAUCAUUUAGUUUCGGUUCCCUCGCUUCUAAAGAUUCAACGGAGGUUAAGUCAAAUGAAGGCCAGAGUGGAUUUACUUUCAAUUUUGGUGCCUCUCCUUCGUCUAGUUCAAUAGAAACCUCUUCACAACAGUGGGAAUGUCCUACAUGCAAGGUGCCGAAUAGAGGUGAGGCCAUAAAGUGUGUUGGCUGCCAGACAGCCAAACCGAACCAGUUAAAAGGGAACGUGGGCGGUCCAGUGUUUAAUUUCGGUUCCCUCCAGCCAACGAGCUCAACGAAAGUUCAAUCUCAGCAGUUGGAGUCUCCCACCCAUACGGUAUCGAGAAAGGGAGGGGCUUUAAAGCGCCUAUUCUCAGGUAAAAAAACCUAA